AUGAUUUCUUCAGAUAAGCUUCUUCUGCUUACUUUUUCCGUGGUAUAUCUCAUUCUAGUUGCAGAAAGUUAUAGGCCAAUAACAUUAGACGAAGAUAGAAACGAGUUGGAGAGGUUACUCAACAAUAUCAAUAGACCUGCAAUCAAGAGUUUUCAAACUGAACAUGGUGACAUAUUGGAUUGCAUUGACAUUCACAAGCAGCUAGCAUUUGAUCAUCCUCUACUCAUGAACCAUUCUAUUCAGUUAAGGCCUACAACUAUACCUAAAGGGACCAAAACAAAUAAUCAGAACGGUGGUUCCCUCCCGUUUAGACACGAUUGGAUAAGUUGUCCACAAGGGAGUGUGAUUGUUAAGAGGACCACAUUGGAAGAUCUUAUACAAGCUCAGAGUUUGAAAUCCAUGGGGUUGAAAUCUUCAAGUUAUGUUUCUUCAAAGGAGAAAAACAUUGAUCUAUCUGGUUUUCAUUUUGCUGUGGUUCAGUACAAAAAGCUUCAUUAUGGAGCAAAGGGAAAUCUUAACAUAUGGGAACCUGAAGUUUCACCUAAUCAAUUUAGUCUUGCAAGUAUCCUUAUCGCUACUGGCUCAAAAGAACAGUUUCAAGGCAUUAGAGCUGGAUGGAUAGUGUACCAAUGGCUAAACCGGAAUCACAGUCGCUUAUACACCUAUUGGACUGCAGAUGGAUUUAGUAAAACAGGUUGCUACAAUACAUUAUGUCCUGGCUUUGUACAAGUGAACACCGAUAUCCCACUUGGAUACCUUUUUCAACCAGUUUCUACGUACGGUGGCAAACAAUAUGAAGUAAGCAUCAACAUAUAUAAGGAUCACAUUACAGGAAACUGGUGGUUGGUAGUAUUCAACGAUUAUGUUGGAUACUGGCCAAAAUCAUUAUUCACAGAUUCAGGUUUAGGCCAUGGAGGGAAUUUGGUGUCAUGGGGAGGAGAAGUAUAUAGCCCAGUGAAAGAGAAGAGUCCAAGUAUGGGAAGUGGACAUUUACCCGAACAUAAAAGUUACAGCAAAGUAGCCUAUAUGAAUGGUUUCAUAGUAUAUAAUGAUUUUGGAAUGGAAGGUAUGACUCCACCACUUGAAAGCCUAAAGACAUUCUCAAGCACCCCAAACUGUUACAAAGUAAAAAUGGACCAACCAAUGUUUGGCGACGUUUGGACUGAUUGUAUCUUCUAUGGAGGACCAGGAGGUUGCACAUUCUAGUUAACAUCUUCUUAGGAUCUCUUUGCAUUAAUAUAAUAGGAUCACUUUAUAAAUUGAAAAAUAAAAUGGUGGUUCUCAUCUUGGAUCUUGUUUUUGUAUGAAUAAUAUAAUGCUAUUAUUAUGGAGGCCUUGGAGGAUGCAUAGGGUAAUUCAUUAAUGUUAUGAAGAUAACUCUUAUAUAUGCUAUUAUGAAUAAUCAAGUUUUCAUGAA